UAAUCCCACUCUGGCGGCAGCAGUGGGUUUCUUGGAAACCCGUCUCACCGCGCGCACUACCCGCACGUCACUCGGCUGACAUCAGCACGCGGCUUAAAUACCUGCAACCUCGCGCGCUUGAAACAGUAAACAGAGCGGCUGCUUCUCCAUGUGGACAUGCUGAGAACUGAAGUGAACAGUUUCUUAUGAUUCACAAACUUUGCAGGCAUGGAUUAGCUUUUUUCCCCCCAAACUUUUUUCUGCACUUUACUCAAAGUUCCGACUUAGUUGAUUUUUCUUUUUUUUUUUCUUUUUAAGAAUGAUUAACGAAACCGCUGCGUUUGGGGAACUGGACACCGAUGUUUCUGAGCCCAUGCACUCUCAUCUCCUCAGCCACAACCUCACGACCUUCCCCGCGCUCCGACUCGAGUCCAAGUCGCUGGUCACUUCAGCCACGAUGUUUGCCGUAGGAGUUCUGGGGAACCUCAUCGCCAUUGUCGUGCUGUGCGUCUCCAAGAAGGAGCAGAAGGAAACCACCUUCUAUACGCUGGUGUGCGGGAUGGCCAUCACCGACUUGCUGGGCACGUGCUUCACCAGCCCGGUGGUCAUCGCCACGUACGUGGCCAGCCGCUGGCCGGGAGGCGAGCUGCUCUGCCACUUCUUCUCCUUCUCCAUGCUGUUCUUCGGCUCGGCGGGGAUGUCCAUUCUCUGCGCAAUGGCGGUGGAGCGAUACCUGGCCAUCAACCACGCCUAUUUCUACUCCAAGCACAUAGACCGGACCAUGGCGCGCUUUGCGCUCCUGGUCACCUACCUGGCCAACAUCGUGCUGUGCAUCAUGCCCAGCUUUGGCUUCGGCCAGCACGUCAGGCACUUCCCCGGCACUUGGUGCUUUCUGGACUGGAGGUCGAUGGAUCCGGUUGGCGCGUGCUACUCUUUCCUGUACGGCGGUGCCAUGCUGCUGCUGAUCGCGGUGACUGUCAUGUGCAACCUGGCGGUGUGCAGGUCUCUGGUGGGGAUGAACCAGAGGACGGGGAUCGUCAGGACGGAGCUGUGUGAGCACAGCGGGUUACGGCGUCGCUUCCCCCGGCUGUCUUCUGUAACCUCUGCCGCAGAGAUCCAGAUGUUCUGGCUGCUGGUCUUCAUGACCAUCGUGUUUCUGGUCUGCUCCAUUCCGUUAGUGGUGCGAAUCUUUGUGAACCAGCUCUACGACCCCUCCUACAUCUCUGCUGGGGGGAGACCUGACUACCGGGGCGACAUGCUGGCGAUCCGCUUCGCCUCCUUCAACCCCAUCCUGGACCCCUGGGUCUACAUUUUGUGCAGAAAGAACCUGUUGCUGAAAGGCUGCGGAAGGCUCAAGAGUGUGAUCACUCGGGCAAAGGACGGCCGUGGGGACGAAAAGAGCUGGGUGGAGGGUCAAAACUCCCCCCCAUCUAUACACAGCAAUGACACCAGUUACGCGUCGUUGCGCACGGCCAGCUACAGGAACGAGCCGAGGCUCCCGCUGACCAUCAAGAACACCUCUUUCACAGACUUCGCGCUCCGACAAGCGUGGGAGUACGACACGGCACGGGUCAACUUCCACCCGUUCGGCGUGGAGUCCGCGGCGAUCAUCGGCAGCGAAGAGGAAGCAGAAGCAGCGACUCACCCCGGACAGGACGCGGCGGAGACGGCUUCUCCAGGGCGGGGCGGCGUGAUGCACGUCCGCAGAGUGGACAUCGUUACCUGCACGUUUAGCACCCCGAGCUCCAGUCAGUCUGCCAAAUGCUUGUGAUGCCCCCAGGGUGGGCUCCAGGGCCGUCCAGAGACAUUUAAUGAGCCAGGGGCGCAACGUCUAAAGAAAGAGGCUUUAGUCAAGAAAAAGACAACACACCGAUGUAAUUUAAAGCAUACCAAUAAGUGCCUCUUGAAGGUUUUCUUGAGGUUAUUGCUCAGUUCCACUCACCCUGUCUCUGUUUUCCAGAUGGUUGAAUAUUUUUUUUCUAUCUGUUUUUGUUUGCUUCCAUUUUUCUCCUUCCUUCCAUCAAACCAAACGUGUCAAAUUCAUGCAUUUUAUGUCAUUAAUGCUACUGUUGCACUCACAAACAGGACAAAGCGUCAGAAUGUUUACAGUUUGUCUGUCUGUGACAGAGAAGGCAGCUAAAUUUUAUAAAUACGUAAAAUACUCAUAAAUCAUUUGGAUGCUGAGCAUUUUUAGCGGUUUUAGAUACAAACAGGAAGGCUUUCUGCCGAGGGUGGAACAACACCAUGAAAGAAAAUCAGGCUCUAAACAGGUUUUCUAGCUUUUCUAUUGCUUAUUUGCAUAACCAGUCCAUAAACAUGACGCCCCCUCGUGGUGAGCAAACAGAAAGCAUUGUAAAAAAAAUAAUAAUAAUAACGAAGAACGCUGAGGGUGGAGUUAGUGUCGUUUAACUUUUUAUGAUUCGGAGCUAAGUUAAAGGAUUGUUUAUAUGUUUUAAAGUAGUCAGAACAUCUGGGAAAUAAAACCUCACAUAUUUAGACUGAUCAGUCAGACCUCAGCUGGAUUGAUCUACACUGAACAUUAUUAUGAAAUCUUUAUUUUAUUUGUGAAACAACCAAAAAAAAAACAAAAAAAACAUUUUGGCACCUCAGAACUACCUGAUGUAGGAAAACAUGAAAAGCACAAUGUUUUCACUGGUCAAGCCUGGAUUGAAAUACUGUAGUGUACAGUGAUUAUGGAUGCUGUGUUGGCCUGUUUCUAAAAGGUUAUUUUGGACAGCAGGCAUCUAUGGAGGAGUGGAUGUGUGUGUUGUGUCAGGGGAGUGAUGAAGCCUUCCAGAUCACCCAGGUGAAUGUUCUCUCUGCUGUUGGCUGCUGACUCGCAGCUCAGUGAGUUGAUUUCAUUGGUGUUUUUGUGCAAGUCUAGUAAAGGGUUAGCUCUGUAAACCUGUGGCUCUCUUCUAUAAGUGGGAGGUACCAGUCAUGUUUGUCCAGGUCCAGGACAAAACGAAGCUGAACCAGAAAGCACAGUGAGAGGGAAAUUGCCUGGUGGAUAAUUAGGGGAAGAAAUGUUUUGGAAAGUCUGAAAAUCUGAAGCUGAAGUUGUCAGCUGGAUUAAUGGAAAACCAACUCCAUCAUUAACUGCAUAUUGGAGUAAGAUGAAGCUUGUAAGUGACCAAGCAAUGGGAUGUCAAAGAAAUUUAAGGUGGGCAUUUUUGCAGGAAUUGUGCGUCACCACUAAGGGCUGCACGUUAUAUCGUAGAUGUGUCAUCAUCACAGUGUCAAUGUGUGCAAUAUUCAUAUCGCAAAGGAGGGCAAUCAUUGUUGGCUAAAAUAUUCAAAGUGUUAUGAACUUGUAUUUUUCAUGCUAAUGUCAUAUUUUGCCACCUUAAUAGCAUUAUUUAAGUUUGAUGUUAUUUCAUUUUAUAAUGUCUUCAUUGCAGUAUUACUGAUAUCAUCCCCAUUGCAAGAUUUCUAAUAUUUUGCAGCCCUAACAUCAAGAAUAACUCUCAAAUACAGACAAAGAAUUAGGUUCAUUUUUAACAAGA